AAUUAACCAAACCAAACAAAAAAACCAAAUUUUUUAUAAACGCUCUUCGUUCCCAUAUGAAUUCAGAACACAGACACAAUUGUUUGCAAACAUCACGCGCAUAAACAGAUUGAUUUGAUUUCGCCGAAGAUGGAUGAGGAAUACGAUGUGAUUGUUCUUGGUACGGGUCUCAAGGAAUGCAUCCUCAGUGGUCUGCUAUCCGUCGAUGGUCUUAAGGUUCUGCAUAUGGAUCGCAAUGACUAUUAUGGUGGGGAGUCAACGUCACUCAAUCUUGUUCAGAUGUGGAAGAGGUUUAGAGGAAGUGAUCAACCUCCAGCUCAUUUGGGUUCUAGUAGAGAUUAUAAUGUCGACAUGGUCCCUAAGUACAUUAUGGCAAACGGUGCUCUUGUGCGGGUCCUCAUUCAUACUGAUGUUACAAAGUACUUGUAUUUCAAAGCUGUUGAUGGCAGCUUUGUGUACAACAAAGGAAAGAUUCACAAGGUGCCUGCGACUGACAUGGAGGCCCUCAAAUCUCCUCUCAUGGGAAUCUUUGAAAAGCGACGUGCCCGAAAAUUUUUCAUUUAUGUCCAAGAUUACAAUGAAAGUGAUCCUAAAACACACGAAGGAAUGGAUUUGACAAGAGUUACAACUAGAGAACUCAUUUCGAAGUAUGGUCUUGAUGACAACACUGUGGAUUUUAUUGGUCAUGCGUUGGCUCUUCACCGAGAUGACCGUUACUUAAAUGAACCUGCAUUGGACACUGUUAAAAGGAUGAAACUUUAUGCAGAGUCUUUAGCACGUUUUGCUGGAGGGUCCCCUUAUAUCUACCCUUUGUAUGGCCUUGGAGAGCUUCCUCAAGCAUUUGCCCGCCUUAGUGCUGUGUAUGGUGGUACCUACAUGUUGAAUAAGCCCGAUUGCAAGGUAGAGUUUGAUGAUGAAGGCAAGGUCUGUGGAGUUACAUCGGAAGGUGAAACAGCAAAAUGCAAGAAAGUGGUGUGUGAUCCUUCAUACCUUGCGAACAAGGUGAGGAAGGUCGGGAAAGUUGCCCGAGCUAUUGCUAUCAUGAGCCACCCAAUUCCAAAUACCAAUGAUUCUCAUUCAGCUCAAGUUAUUCUACCUCAGAAGCAGUUGGGCCGCAAAUCGGACAUGUAUUUGUUCUGUUGUUCCUAUUCUCACAAUGUUGCGCCCAAAGGAAAGUUCAUUGCCUUUGUCUCGACUGAGGCUGAGACCGAUCACCCGGAGACUGAACUGAAGCCAGGUAUUGAUCUUCUUGGACAGGUGGAUGAGAUUUUCUUCGAGACUUAUGACAGAUAUGAACCGGUUAACGAGCCUUCUCUGGACAAUUGCUUUAUAUCGACAAGUUAUGAUGCCACCACUCACUUUGAGUCGACAGUUGUGGAUGUGCUGAAUAUGUAUACCCAAAUAACUGGAAAGGUUCUUGAUCUUAAUGUGGAUUUAAGUGCUGCAAGUGCUGCUGAGGAAUGAGAGAAGUUUGCUGGUUGCUGUUUGACUUGUCUGUGUUUCUUUUAUUUUAUCCUCUGCUCCAAUAAUGAGGAUGAGAAUUUCACAGGACAUGUAAAACUGAUAAGCCGACUUUUACGUGCAUCUUUGAUGGUUCUUGUUGUGUUUUAACUUUGAUAUUUUUUCUUUGAAGAUAUUUUUUUUUCUUUUGUUGGUUGUUUAGUGUUUGAUAUUUGUCCUGGGGACAUUAAAUCUAAUUUAUGAUAUAUGAUGAUAUUUAUGGCUUUUUCAAAUCUUGGAGUUAGAUUGGCAUGGUGAUUGAACCGAGUGACUUGAAAACAAUAUUUAGCAAGUGAAGUAAAAUGUUUAGCGGGACGAUUAAGU